CAACUAUACUGCAUGCCACUGCAUGCAGUAUAGUUGAUUGUGUGAGCUCUUGGCUGCAGUUAGUAAAGAAUGAAGAGUUGUACUAUUGCCGCAGGAUUGUUGCUACUCACUGUGCUACUACAAGCCAGAGCAUGUCCAGUACUUAAAAGAGAUGUAAAUUGUAAAGACAACUAUGACUUUUCCCUCUCCCCCCUCCCCCUCCUAUUGGCUAGUCAUCCAGAGAGUGUGUUAGCAUCGCAUGGAUCCACUGUCUCCUUCAAUUGUUCCAUAGCCACUGUCCCUGUUGUCAUCAAUGGUGCAUUGCACACCUUUCCUAUCUUAUGGCGCCUCAAUGGCAGCUUUGGUGAUUACCCCACACACUGGACUAUAGUGGAGGAGCCUAGCGCAAGCACCCUCACUGUGCACAACAUCUCACACAGUGAUGAUGGCUAUUAUGAGUGCAUGGCGGGGGAUGGGCUCAAUAGCACUGGACAGUACGCUAGUAUCACUGUGAGCAAGAGAGCCUGGCUCAACACACCAGGAUAUGGUAAUGGUGGUGUGGCCCCUGUCCUUGGUUUGGAGCACAAAGACAUACAUAAACUGGAGGGUCUGGAUCAAACACACUUCAUAGAGGAGUGCAGAGUUACUGGGUCCAACCAAACCCUCUACUGGUACAAGGAUGGUGUUGAUAUCACUCAGUACUAUGAUGUCAACACUGGAAUACUCGUCUAUAAUCAGACUAUUGACCCUAACGUACACGGUGUGUAUCAGUGCUUUGUGGAGAAUGAGGCAGGCAGUGACUACGUUAACUUCAGAGCACUGCCCAGAUACUUUGCUGACCCACCUAGUAACUUCAGUUGUGUAGCUGUGGACAGAGAGGACAACCACCAGUUACCAAGCCUGCUAGUGUCCUGGGAUUCCCCUCCUCUCAUCUCUGGAGGUCUCAAGGACGAUCACAAGUACUUUGUUAGAGUACAAAACGAGUGUUAUAAUGUUGGGAGCUCUACGUGUGCUGUGAUAGAACUCAUACAAGAUGAUAUUGGUGUGAUGUGCUCUGUAUUCCUGGACCUGAAGCCACUUGAUGAUGUCAUUGCAGGAGGUGUGGCAACAGUGUAUGUUCACACUGCUGAGCAGAGGAGAACUUCUAAUCCUGUCCUUGAACUAAGAGUCAACUGCUCCUCUAGUAAUGUGACAGUGUAUCUACCAUCUCCUGAGUUACCUUCCUUUGUGUGUGUGAAGGAGAUUCACUUGUGGGCCCUUUGCCUCCACCAAGAAUCCAUAUACAGGACUUCUCUCGAUAUUAAUCGGCGUUUUGUGUGUGAUGGGAAUCCAUUCACUCUGGACAUAGCACCACAACCAUUGGGCUCUGUGUGUCUGUUUGGAGGCAACUACAGGAAUGACAUUGGUCAAUCUGUCAUUGUAUCAUCAUCAUCAUGUUCAUUACCACCUGCACCACUAAAGGGAGAGCUGCUGUCCCUGUCCUGCUCUAGGAAUGAGACCAGCUUUACAUGGCAUGGCAACCACUCAGUGAAUGUGUCUGGCACUUGCUACACUCCACAGUUAGACCAAGACUUAGACCCUAUACAGUUGACCCUGGAGUCUAUGACAGUGUUUCCUGGGUACCAGUUCACCAAGAACAGUCAGCUGCUACCACUGGAGAGUGUGUGUAUGUACUCCGCCUCCAAAAAUAUUUCUACUCAGUGCAUUGUAAUGAGUAUGUCUCCAGCCUGUGACCCUGGAUUCUAUGCCAGUGUGGUACAUGGGGAGUGUCUAACAUGCCCUAGCAACAGCAACAGCACAGCCUCAGGCCUGGCAGAGUGUCCGUGUGAUGAUGGCUACUACAGAACACCACAAGAAGUGGACCUUCCCUGCACCUUUCCCCCGUCCCCUCCGCUCAACGUGAGGGUGGUGGCUGUAUCCAGUACCACACUAACACUAGCCUGGGAGGAGCCAGUGUCCACUGGUGGUAGGGGGAGAGAUGAGUUACGAUACAACCUCUGGAUCAGGGCGGCUGGGGAGACAAGCGUCAGACUAUCUAAUACUGUCACCACUACCAUAGGAGUGAUUGAAGGACUGUCUCCAGAUAUUGUGUACACAGUAUUUGUGACAUCGGAAACGGAUAUAACAGAUCAGAUCCCUGUGGAGGGGGUAUUCAAUCUGACCAGAGGAGAUACAGUUGUUCAAGCUACUGAUGGAAUUGCAAAUGAAAUAACAGUGGGAUUAUCUGUGUUUGUUGUGGCUGUAGUGAUUGCUGCAAUAGCUGUCAUAAGUGUUGUCAUCUGCAUUGCUGUGCACUACAAGAAGCGAGUAAGGAGGCUAGAGAUUGAGCUCAAAAAAGUGCAGAUCGUGCAACCUAAUCCCUCCGACAAACAAGCUACUCAAUCAAUUUUGGACGGAAAGGUGACUACAGUGUAGUAUGUGGUGAUGUGAGGGGACUAGUGAACUCUGUCAAGCACUCUCUGGGGUCAACACUGUCACUGUCUAACAUUAUAGCCUCUACUAUAUACCACACUAUUGGACACUCUGAUUUCAUUAUGGCUUGUUGUUGUGGCUAUAUAUUUCUAUGAUGUUGUUUUAUCCAAUUAUUAUUGCACAAGUUGCAAGAUUU